GAGGCUUCGUUCAGCCGAAGCAAAACACCCACCCCGCCGCGCCUACCUCUUCACUCCCAAGCUGUCUCCUCAUUUCCCCGAUCUCGGUCUCCAGCCACCCGCCGCCGCCAUGGACGGCGUUGUCAGCCAGAUCUUGGAGCAACAUGUCCUGUCGGCGGCCAAGGCGGUCGAGGACAAGCUAGACGAGCAGAUCGCCGCGCUCGAACGCCUCGACCCGGACGACAUCGAGGCGCUGCGCGAGCGCCGGAUGCUGCAGAUGCGCCGCGCCGCCGAGCGCCGCGCCAAGUGGCGCGCCCUGGGCCACGGCGAGUACACCGAGGUCCCCGAGAAGGAGUUCUUCUCCGCCGCCAAGGCCAGCGAGCGCCUCGUGUGCCAUUUCUACCGCGACAACUGGCCCUGCAAGGUUAUGGACAAGCACAUGUCAAUUCUUGCGAAACAGCAUGUAGAAACACGGUUUAUCAAAGUUCAUGCUGAAAAGUCUCCCUUUUUGACCGAAAAACUAAGGAUUGUUGUGCUCCCAACUCUUGCUCUAGUGAAGAAUGCCAAGGUUGAGGAUUAUGUGGUUGGAUUUGAUCAACUCGGUGGUAAAGAUGACUUUAGCACAGAUGAUCUGGAGGAACGCAUUGCAAAAGCUCAAGUGAUCUUCCUUGAUGGAGAAGGAUCUGGAAAUCCUUCCAAGCAAACUGCCACCAGCAAACGAAGCGUUCGACAAUCAGAUACUGGCAACUCAUCAGACUCUGAGUAGUUUUGUUGUACUGAAGGCGUGAUUAUGCUAUCCGAUCUAGUAAUAGGAGAAGUUUGUGUAGUGAUGACAAAUUUGAAAGAAUUUAUGUACAUGUUGAAAUCUGAAGAUAAAACAUGGUAUCAGCAACAACAUACAUACACCAUAUGGUAUCUAGUUUGUUUAUUUGAGUGAUGAUAUUUCUUUCCA